GCUUGCGGUCGCCAGGUAUUGCGGUGCGUCACGACUGACCUGACCCCACGGCCCUUCUUCUUGAGAAGUGGAGUCAGAGUAUAGUUAGAUUUUGACAGUUUUGCAUGGUUUGAUAGCGUUCAUAAACAUAGCCGUACCUCCUGCCGUCAUGAGUAGAGUACCGAGAACGGCGCUAGCUGUUCUGUCGGUGCUGUUAGGAGUUCUGGACUUUGCAUCAGCAGAUGAUGAUAAUGACUGUGCCCUUGGUAAGAAGAUCCCAGUGUUCGGCUGCACUCCUAAUGUUCUGGGCAUGGUGGCAGCAUGUUUGUUUGUCACGAUCCUCCUGACUAUCGGUUGCUGCUACUGUUGUGUAAGGUCAUCCAAGAAGCCCAAGAAGAAACCAGCUAUAACAGCCAUUACAGGUGACCCCAAUAUGGAGGCAGCUACAAUGGCGACAUUCCCGGUGGCACCACCGCCAUACUCUCAGGAUGAGACACCGUACUCAGGAGCACAACUUUACCUCGUUCGACCGUAUCCCGGUGCCGAGCCCCUCCGCGAGGAUCAACCCCAGCCGGUACCGGGCGGCCCGUCAACGUGGGCCGAGCCUCCCCCGCCAUAUUCACCUGAAACUAAAGUACCCCUGUGAAGUCACAGCCAAGCAACAACUAAUGCCUAAAAUGCUUUGUAGUGCUUCCACAAGAAGAAUUACAGUGUACAUUCAAAUUUUCUUUUAAUUUGAUACACAUGUAGCUAAGAAAAUUGUACACUCUAUUACACUACUUUUAAAUUGUUGAAUCAAUAAAAGGGAUUAUAUUUUAGCCAGUAUGUGUAUUAUACUGUGUAUUAGCCAGAGAGCCAUGUACUGUUUGAAGUCUCUGAAUACUAUUAGAUAAGUCAUGCACCUAGCAACAUUUUUCAAAAUUGCAAGCCACAAUCAUGUUGAUUCUUUCCAUGAAAUUUAUAUGCUGAGAUCGAAUAUUACAUAUUAAGUCUUAUUGUACAUUUACAUUUUAGCUAUAAGUUAGCCACAUUGUUCUUUACCAUUGCUAUAUUCUAAUAUUUUCCUUAUUGUACAUACACAUUAUAUCUGUGUACAGAAGAGUGUUUUGUGACAUGAUAUGGUGAAAACUGAUGUGGGACCAAGGUUGAGGUGAUAUUUUUACACACAAGUAUGAAACAAAAAAUGAUAAUCUUAUUUUGUAUUUUGGUGAGGAAGGAGUUCUAUACAUUUUGUAUGUUGAGUAUUUCUAUUCCCAAAUAAAGAAAUUCAUGGAUGUAUUUUGAA